UCUUCUUUUUAUCUUCUUCUUCCUCGUGUUCUUCUUUACCAAAAAUCAGCCAUGGAAACAAUUACCAAAUAGCAGCCAUGGAAACAACCAGUCCUGACUGGACCAGUCUUCCUGACCACCUUCUCAUCUCAAUUGCAAAACUCCUCCGCACACGAAUCGACCUCCUCCGUUUUUGCGCCGUUUGUUGCUCGUUUCGGUGCACACUUCCUCCUCCUCCAAAAGUCCUGUUUCCCUUCUCAAUUUUAACCGUCCCUGACUUCCUCAGGGGCCCGAAUCCUCACGAUAAUGACCUCUUUUUCCCCUCUGAGUCCACCAUUUACACCAUCGAGCCCUUAACAACGAAACCUCUCAAACACGGUUGAUCAAAGUCGAAGAGUCAAAACCAGGUAGAGUCCAGAUCAAGGAUCCGCUCUCCGGAAUUCGUUUUAAUAACUUGUCCAAGAAGUUACCCAAGUCUUUGAACUUGUUGGAUUAUCGAGUUAAGGAAAUAACUAAAUCAAAUAGACUUAUAUCUGCUGGUUUCCUUGUAGCCAAGUACCCAUACAAGGUAUAUCCAAAGAAUUUUUCUGUGUCUGCAAAAAUGAUUUUUCACUUCUCAUCUUGAUGAGACUGAUGAUGAGUUCGCUGUUCUGGCGAAAUUCGGGCGAAGAAACCGAAGCGUGUGGAGAAACUUCGACAAAAAAUGGACUCAUAUAGAAAUGUACCUCGAGUCAUUGGAGUAUAUUUUGGAUAUUAUUUAUCAUAAUCACAAAUUCUAUGUUUUGAUCUCUAGAAGUGUGGAUUCAAAAUCCUUGACUGUUAAUGAAGUCCCAAGCUCGCCAGAGGACUCGAAUUCACAGUUGAUAAUCUUGCUAUGCUUGGUUGAGUCACUCAAGGAUUUGCUUUUGAUUGGGAAGUACAGAGAAUCCGGGAAAAAUCAUGAUCAUUUUAAGGUUUUCAAGCUUGACCAAGAAACAUGUCAGUGGGCUUCGGUGGUGGAUGAAUUAGAGUUGGAGGAUAGAAUGGUGAUUAUCGUAACCCAAAAUAUAGUUACCCUGGAGAAGGCGUCAGGAUUUUUUGAAUUGAAAGAUAGUCUCGUUAGAAAACUCUCAAAUUUUCCAUGAAAUUCUAACCUUUUCUGGCCUCCACCAAUGUGGCUGAAGCAGGAUCCCUGUUCCAGCUCAUCAUCAGCCGGUUUUAGCCCAAUUAAUGUAAAUAUUUCUUUGUUGUGAUCAUUUAAAUUUCAAUUGAAUCAAAUAAUGAAACAAGCAAGCAAAUUUGUGUAUCUUGGCUGUUGUUACAGAGAGUUUUGGCCGUCAUGCACCGCCGUGAUGUCCAAAGCCGCUUCAUUAUUUAUAGACAACAUAUUUUUUUUCUCCUCUUUUUUCUUGUUUGUCCUGUUAUUCUUUGCCAAUUAUUGCCAGCCGGCGAUGGACACGGUCACGUUCACACCCGAUUGGAAAAGUCUUCCUCAGCACAUACUUGCCUCCAUUGCACCCGAUUCGACAUUCUUCAUUUUCGUGCUGUUUGCCGUUUUUUUUCGAUCUCCAAUUCCUCCUCCUCCGGAACUCAUAUUUCCACCCUCUGUUUUCACCACCUCUGACUUCUUCCGAGGCCCAAAUCUUAGCCAUGAUGACCAGUUUUUCCUCGUCGAGUCCACUGUUUACGCCAUGGAGCCCAUCGAGAAGAAAACCUGCCAGACAUGGUUGAUCAGAGUUGAAGAAUCAGAGUCAGAAUCAGCUGCCACCAUUAAAGGUGAUGGAAAAUACCCUUAUGGCUAUGGCAUAAACACAUGGCAACCUCCUCCUUCUGCAAAAUUGAUUUUCUCUAAGAAUCUUGAUGAGACUAAUGAAGGAUACGCUGCUAUGACAAGAUAUGACAGAGGAAGAAAACUAAGUUUGUGGAGAAAUGUCGGCAAGAAAUGGACUGAUAUAGACAUGGAUCUUACAUAUCCUGAGUUUUUUACAGAUAUUAUUUAUCCAAACAAGAAGUUCUACGCUUUGAUCACCACGGGAAAUAUAAUAACUGUGGAUUCUGAAUCUUUAACCAUUACUGACAUUGCAGAAAGGCCACAAGAGGAUCUGGAUGGUUCACUGCUAUACUUUUAUUAGAGUCAUUUGACAUUCUGUUUUAGAUUGCUGCGUGCGAGGAUGACAAAAAUCACAAGUUUGAUUUCAAGGCUUCCAAGCUUGAUGAAGAGAAAUGCAAAUGGGUUAUGGUGGAGGAUGGAUUUGAGUUUCAGGUUAGAGUGCUGUUUGUGGAUGAAGCCUGAAGGGAGUUCAUAUUCCGUUUCCGCGAAAGAGUUCUCAGGAUGUUUGAGGAAUUGCAUUUACUUUAUAGAUGACCAAUUUAACGAUAUCUUUCAUCACCCUGGAGAUGAUACUUGGAUCUUUGAGUUCGAAGAUGGUAUAAGGUUAGGAAACUCUCAGAUUCUCCGGGCUAUUCUUGAUUUUUUUGGCCUCCCCACUUUGGUUGAAUUAAUCUUAAUCAUACAUUUAUUCGUAUAACUUCGUGACUGUUCGGAUGCAUAUGUAUCGGACCAAAGUGGUUGUCAGUGAUUAAUUGGUAUGUUUGUUAAAGAAAAAAAAAGAAUUAUAUUGCAGGAAUUUGCCAAAUUGGUCGGCUUUGCGCCAGCCAGUGAAAUCAAAAGCU